AUGGCCCGUAGAUCGCUAGAGACUUUGCCGCCCGAGGUCCUAUUAGAAAUCGGGAGACAUCUCGACAAACCGUCAACUCUAUUGACGUUUAUGGGCACCUGUUCGCGGUUCUAUGCUUUUAUUAGCCUGCACCAGGAGACACUUGUGACUCAAGUAAUGGCAAACUUGGUCACCCCGGAGCUUCUCCCACAAGCAAUAGCAGUCUUCGAAGCCUCGAAGGUGGAAUCAUGGACCCCCGAAAGAACAACUCACACUAUUUCUCAAUUCAAGGGAUUAAGGUAUAUCCAGAAAGCCAGAUUGUCCGUCAAGGAUGGGUUGAAUAUCCAAAAACGACAUGAACAGAUUGUUCUCGCCAUCAAUGACUUCGUGGAACGUGCUCUACGACAGCACCCAAAAGUACUGGUAAAGCCUAAGCCGUUGUCAAAGGGCGAAAGGCUUCGAGUCGAGCGGUCCUUUUAUCGAUUCGAACUGUGUACCAAUAUAUUUCGUCAACAUAUAUUAGACGGAAAUCCAACGUGCGAGAGAUGUGAAACAUGCAAGGAGCACACCAGAUCAUCCGUCAAUCAUGUUAUUUUAUUCCUCUUUUCAGACACGGAUCUCGAGCAGAUGGUGAUAGUAACCGAAUUUGUCCAAGAGAGAAAACAUGGGUACAUGAAGUGGGAAUGGGAUAUCACACGCGCUUGGGGCAACCCAACAACCUCCAAAGCAUGGGCUAAGUGGGUUGUGUCAUUUUUUGGUACCCCGAUUCUAGAGCAGGAUAGCUCGUCUCACAACCAUAAUACACCCAACUUAGAGUCGACAGAUUCCACGGAAGAUUCAUUGACCGAGGUCAAGUCUCUCAUUGCUGCAUCAUACGGUGGUUUAAUGCCACCGGAUACAGACGACGGGCCUAAAAACGCCUCACGUUGGGCAAAGAAAUUUAUGAAAAAUCACGAUUUGAAUAGGUUAAUCACUUUGGAGCAAAAAAGGGCCUGGGGAUAUGCACUUUGGGAUGAAUGGCGUCUCCAGGAGGAGUGGGGACUCGUUAAAGGCGUUGAAACCCCUCGCAAAAUUAUGCCCAUAGAGAAAGGGUCCGAGAAAAGACGCGAUUCUUUCGCUUCGGAGACGAGUAUACCCGUAAAAGACGACUCGAGGCCGCCGGUUUACCAGGCUGUUGUUGAGAAUGCGUCCGGCGAAACUGCUACACAAUGGACGUCGAAACAGUGGACAAGCGCCAUUCUUGCGAGGGAUUUUAUCCAAAUCUCCGAAAGCAAGCUACAAAGCAGGCUUGAUGAAUUUCUACUUCAAGCCUCGUCGUCCGAACUAGAGGCGUACGAGAAAAGCCGUACAAACUUGCUACUUAUUAUAGAAAAUUCUCAAGAAACAUACGAUAAACAGUAUGGAGAAGACCAGGACCCCAGCCCUGAACAAAAGUUCAUUAAGAUCUUCAAAAAGAACUGCAAGGAAGCUGCGGAGAUAGCAUUCGAGUUCUCCAAAAUUCUCGAUGCCAUGGUUCAGGGCGCUCCCGAUUUUGUUGCUCUUGCUUAUGGAGUUGUGAAGAUCUUGCUUUAUGCACAAGUAAACUCUCAAGAGCUCAAAGUUAAUAUAUUGAAGUACAUGGAAAGAAUCAAAGCGACUUUUGACAUGGUCGAUCAUUUGACCGUCUAUAUUCCGAGCGCCAAUCUCGUGAAUGCUGUGACCCAAAUGUACGGGCUAUUUAAUCGAUUUUUGGCAAAGGCAAUUCGGAUGUACACCCGAAAUAGAUUGAAAAUGUAUCUCACUGCUUUUGCGAAACCGUGGCGGAAACUGGAGACCAUUGUGGACUCGAUCGAAUUCACUUAUUCAAAGGUCAAGGACAUUGCACAGUUUCAUGCGGCGAUAAACACGUCCACAAACCUGUCGCUUAAUCGAGAAAAUCUCGCGACCAGUCGAAAUUUGGUCGCUCUCGGAGAAGGCACACUGGCUGUUAUCAAACAGCUUAGCGAGCAAGUCGAGGCCUUGUCUAUCAAAAUGUCAAAGGAAAACGACGUCCAUGAAGUUGCUGCAUUACUUCACCAGCGAGUAGAAGAAAAGCUAGACAACCCUGGUCUAGACGACAAGGACAAUCUACUUACACUCUCUGAGGAGACCAGUGAUGAAGCCAACUUUGAACAGCUUCUACAAGAAGUCUUCACUGAGUUACGCGACUUUGAUCAAGCCAACAAUCAGCGUCGAGAAAUCAUAGAAGAGCUCCCCGAGAUGCACAACUACCGGACAAAAAAGCGAAAUCUACUCAGAGCCGAGAAUAUUAUGGAUUGGAUAGAAUCCGAAAAGUCUCGACUUCUUUGGAUUGAUGGCAGUGAAAUCUUGAGUCGCGGGGAUUUCAAUUCUUUAUUCGCCGCGCCUCUGCUGAUUCUCGGCGAAAACACAUUUGAAUAUGUCCUUGUGCUGAGGCAUUUCUGCGGCGACGGCCUUGCUGUGAAGACAAACAACUAUCGUACACUUGUGCAGUCAUUGAUAUUUCAAGUUUUUAAGCAGCGACCUCGGCUUCUCAAAGCAAAACUUGAAAAGUUGAACAGGGAACACAGCAACAAUCUACUUCAAUUAUGGAGCCUAUUCACCGAGUGCCUCAAAGAAGUGAACGCGGAUUGCACCUUCAUCAUCAUUGACAGCAUUGACUAUCUCAGUGAAGGAGAAGUUCGAAACGGCGUCAGCGAGCGACAGAUAGUCCUGCGACAGCUCGAGGCUCUUGUUAACGACACUGAGAAGAUAGUUAAAAUUCUGCUAACUGCCAGUAUCGCACAUAACAAACUCGAAAACGCAGAAGCAGGACAGACCGCUCUGGCGCUCCCAUUCUCGCCCGGGGGGUCAACAACAAACCGGCAACUUUCACUGUCCAUAAUGCAGAAUGAAAUGUCGUUUCUCCCGCAGAAGUUGAUUGACAUCCAGGAACGUACCGGACGAACAGUAAGCUUUGCACAGCUGCCUAUGCUGUAUCCUCUAAAUUCUAUAAUAUACACCAAAGAUACCGACGCCGACAAUCAAUUCCGCGCUUACAUUGUCUCCGAGCUGAGCGGUAUGGAGCACCGGACUCUUAACAUGUACGCGCCUCUACGGAUACGAGCGUGGAGUGUGGAUCACAAUGGCCGUUACUUUACCAAAAGAUACUCGGAAUUCUUAGUUUCCCAAUUCCCAGGAGAAAAGCCAAUCACAAGUUUAAAAUUUGUGCCUACUGGUUAUCUUCCGGACGAAGCAGAACGCCGAAAGGAGCUGAUUGCUCGAGGUAGGAAGUACUGGGAGUUGGGAAAUGGGAUUUAUCACAAGCAAAUUAUCAAGAGAGGAGAUCCCGUUCGAGUCAUGGUCGAUCUCCAAUCUGUCCCCAUCUUUGGAGAUGUUCCAUUGCAAGAGAUUGAAGACCAAUUCCCUGCCAUGGCGGAGAGUAAAGCUCUGAAACCGCGAAUUUUACUCGCCUGUCCACCAAUAAUGUCGGCUUAUAAUCUUCGAGAUCAUUCCUGGGAUAGCGUUUUUGUAAACGAUAUUGGGGACAUUAUCUUCCAAAACAACAGCUUCGAUCAAGUAUAUCUCUACAAAGAAACCGACAAGGCCAUAAUGCUCAAUCUCGUCAAAACUUCCACUAUUCACCGUGAUACACAAUUAACGAAGGACGAUAACACCGCCAAUGGCCAUGACGACGGAAUUGUGUUACUAUUCCACGGCGAUCCCGGAACAGGCAAGACGUUUACAGCUACAUGUAUUGCAGAAACAGUGCGUCGUCCCCUUCUCACGACUGUGUACACCAGCAACACGGCUUCUUUGGGCAACAAGGACUUUGAGCAGUUCCUCUCCCAUCAAUUCUACCUCGCCCAGCGCUGGGACGCGAUCAUUUUGCUUGAAAACGCGGAACAAUUUCUAGGCAAGAAGAACCCAGAGGUGGCAUCCGUGACACUGCGCAUCAUGGACCGCUUUUCUGGCGUUCUCAUCCUCAGUACAAACAUCAAUCUCGGCCAAGUAGAUAGCGCAAUGCAGUCCCGCCUAACGCAGCAUUUUGGAUUCUACAGGAUGGCGCAGGAGAUCAAGGGCCAGCUAUGGACCCGGCUCUUUGGCGGACUUGGCAUCCAGCAGCCAGACCUAGAUGAGCUCGUCCAGUUUGUCCAACACCAUAAUUUCUCGUCGGCGACUGCUACGGGCCGAGACAUUCAGAAUUCCUUCAUGGCCGCGAAAAGACUUGCGGAACUUGCAGGGGAGACUCUAGGCAAGGAGCAUUUGGAGAGCGUUCUAGCCCCGAGACAGAGUUAUGUUGUUCAUGUCGAGAUAACAAGAUGA